AACCAGUCUUUCGUUUAGCGUCAUAUUGAACGCACGCGCGCGCUGAUUUUGUACUGUUUUUCGUGUUUGUUAGUUUCGUGAAUAAAUAACAGACAUACGAUAAAAUAGACUUGACAAUUGUAGUUGACAGUGUGAUAUCAUAGAUAACGUUUAAUUUUAGCCGAUCGAAAUUAAAUAUCGAUACGAAUAUGAAAUCAUCGGUAGCAUUACUCUUGUUCGGCCUGGUGGUCUUCGUAGCAACAACUAGUGCUCGACCGAAUUACAGCGAAUCGGAACUUUCCACUUUUGAGGAAGAAAGAGAAUUAGACCACGGCAUGGAACAAAACAGACAGCACAGAAGGCAAAGAAGGAGACAUUCAAGGCAGAUAUCUGAUCGGUACGAUAAUUUCUCGCCUUGGUAUUAUGAUGUUAAGAGACAAUUGCAUAUAAUUGAACAGCAAGUAAAGGAAUUAAAUGAUUACGUUAAAAAUCGCCAAUCGCCAUCCGGCCCUGCAUACGGUGGUUAUUUACCUCAGCCUAUUUACAUUCCAGUCCCUUCUUAUCCUUCCUCCUUACUUCAACCAGUGCAAUCAUCAUGCUCAUGUAACAAAUCGAAUAAUAAUCCCAACCUUGGAAACAGAUUUUCGGAGGGAAAUAAUAAUAAUGUUAUUACGAUUGAUGAGGAUGACGAUGAUGAAGGAAGGCCGAUCUCAUUUGAACCCGUCAAUUCAAACAAACCACAAGCCAGACCGCCGCCGCCCGUCGAGCAUGGCAGUGUUCAAGCCGGGUUAUCGCCAAUAACUACGACCACUGCGAAGCCGAAAAAGACUCCGGGCGUUUGCGAAGCUGCCAUCCUCCUGUGCUGUAGAUACUCCUCGGACGUGCAAAGAGAAUGCUUCCAGCAAUACGGCUGUAUGAAAACUUAUAGCACAGGCUUAGCUUGUUCACCAAAGGCCAUAGAAUUGGUCAUCAAACACUUUAAAGAUGCGUAUGCGCCGAGCUGAUUUCUUCCAAAGAAAUAGAUAGCAACUACAUAGUCACCUCACAGUAUUUUAGUUUAAAAUUAGCUUAAGAAGUUGGAGCAAUUGUUACGAUAAAGUUAUUAACUUUAAAUAAUUGAAAACGGACUAAUUUUCUUUAUUUGAUCGAUAAAUAAAAUCAUAUGGACCACAAGAGUUCAAAAUACAAGAAAAUAUCAGUUGGAUUUUUUGAAGUUGCGGAAUAUUUCAUCUCGACCGUGAAAUUCCACUGCUGAAGCCAUUGAUAAUUUAUUUGUACGUUUGUGCUUCAUAUUUAACAGAUCUUAUGCCAUUCGGUGUGUACAAACAUGAAAAUUGUCGUAAAAACAAUGAUCAUAUCGAAAAAUUGUCACCGUCUUGUUGAAUUAUAAACAAUUGAUUUCUAAUAUUAUUAUUUUUUUUGGUUGAUUACUUUAAAAGUAUUAUAUAGUAAUGAAUGUAUGUAUGCUUAAAGAUCUCCUUACGCAAGCAACUAUUAAUUAUAAGCAUUUAAAUA